AUGGGUGAUGAUCUGCCCGCGGUGGAUGUGGGAAGCAACCGAAAAGUCAUCAAACUUGUGGUUGGUGCUCUGCACACGUGUGGCAUCUUGGACGACCAGUCCCUCAAAUGUUGGGGCUACGGUGCGAACCACAGACUGGGCUUUCUUCCCAAUGUUUACGGCGACAACAACGGCAAUGCUGGCGAUUCGCCGAACGAGAUGGGCAACUACUUGCCCAGUGUGGACUUUGGCAGCAGGCCAGUUCUUGAUGCUGAUGCGGGAGCAAUUUCGACAUGUGCCAUCAUCGAGGACCCCACGGAUGGCCGGCAAGUCACAUGCUUCGGGUUCAACUUCGAAGGGGUGCUUGGGCGGGGCAUUACAGAUGUGGACAGCAGCGCUGGGGGUGUGUACAUGCCGGUCAACCUGGGCACUGGCCUUUACCCAGUGCAAGUCGCAAUUGGCAAUGAUCAUACAUGUACUUUGCUGAGCUCUGGUGCCGUGAAAUGCUGGGGCCGAAGCCAAUUUGGGCAACUUGGCAUUGGCACGACGCUGAGCACAGGCAAUGGGCCCAAUGACAUGGGCGACAACUUGCCGGUGGUCAAUUUGGGUACUGACCAGGGCGCGCCUUUGAAGUCCAUCUACAUCGGGGCGGGCGCGUACCAUACAUGCGCCAUCCUGGAGACCGGAGGCGUCAAAUGCUGGGGCUACAACCCGCAGGGCCAAGCCCAGCCCGAUCUUUUGCCAGAUCAAGCCGUCGGGGAUGCCCUGAAUGAGCUGGGAGACAACCUGCCAACCAUCGACCUUGGUCCGGGCCGGACCGCUGUGGCGGUGGCUCCUGGUGACGGUCACACUUGCGCCCGCUUGGACAAUUCCGCAGUGCACUGCUGGGGCAACACUCAAGAUUUUGCCAGCUUCGACGUCUGA